GUCUACCAUUGAUACAAAAUGGCGGCUCCAAGCGCUUUCCCGACGCCACUGGUUAUGCGCUUAUUGGCAGCAUCAGUAUCGGUUUCAUACAAAGCUGGUAACAUAAUCAGAGACAUUUUAAAGACCGGUGAUCUUGGAAUUAUAGAAAAGGUAUAUAUUACUCAGUCUUUUAUUGCAUUAACUUAAUUGUGUUUUUAAUUUUUGUCUAUUGAUAUUAUUUAGUAGAUACUUUGGUCAAAAAUUUAAACAUUUUGUAAAAAUAAACCAAUGGCAUAGUUGAAUAGAGCUAAAUUUUUACAGAAUUAUAACACCAAAAUUAUAUUUUUAGCUGUUGUAGUUUUAAAGUUAUGAAUUUUUAAAGUACGACUUGGUUUGUCCUUUUUUAACAUGGACUGCAUCUCCACAUUCUGUGACCUCAUUCCGCCGAUCGCGUCAUGCGCAAUGACUAUAUAGUUUAUAUAAGGCUAAGGCAUUCCCUUAUCACUAAAAUACUGUUUAGGGUCGAUUUAUUUUAAACUUUCAACUUUGGCACAUGAAUAAUUAAUUAAAGCUUUCCCUGACCAAUGGUUUAAUAGUUUUUGCACACGGCAAACACUUAUGAAUGAAACUCUGAGAUAGUACUACGAUAUAGCCGUUAUGCAAGUGGCUGUGAAUGGUUGCCAAUGACAACGUGUUGCACACGGAAAUUUCUGAUCAUUUAUAAUAUGGACUCUACAGGGUUUUUAAAGCUCAAAUUAAAACAUUCCAGUUUAAAUGUCUUCAAAAUGCAUUCUGAAACACAAGUUAUCAAAUAUUUUGAUGUAUAUAGUGGUAAUAAUUAAAUAUUUCUUAAGUAUCGGCAACUUAAACACUUAUGAAUGAAACUCUGAGAUAGUACUACGAUAUAGCCGUUAUGCAAGUGGCUGUGAAUGGUUGCCAAUGACAACGUGUUGCACACGGAAAUUUCUGAUCAUUUAUAAUAUGGACUCUACAGGGUUUUUAAAGCUCAAAUUAAAACAUUCCAGUUUAAAUGUCUUCAAAAUGCAUUCUGAAACACAAGUUAUCAAAUAUUUUGAUGUAUAUAGUGGUAAUAAUUAAAUAUUUCUUAAGUAUCGGCAACUUCCGCCAUUAAAAAGGGGGCGUGGCCCACGCCAUGUCAAAAUAAGGCGAAGCCCCCUUAUGGUGAUAUGGGUCACUGGGAGAAGCGUAGCGAAUGUGGGACACGACCUACAUCAAUGAGAAUUGGCACAGAUAUAUAUCAAUAUCUAAUGCCUUACACGAUUUAAUAUGAAAGACAUGUUCCUUUUAUUUCACAAAAAAUUUGUAUUCGAAGAUGCCUUAUAUAUACACCAAAGAUUUUCAAAAUGAAGGUCCAUUGAAAAAAGCAAAAUAGCUGGAUGGAAAUGUAGGCCAAGAUGUCUUCCAAAUUAUAAGGCCUGAAAUGGAACUCAAAUAUAUGUCGAAAUAAUUAAUUUAAUAAUAAAUAGACACACACAUCGGAAAAUUAAAAACUCAGAUUUUUCGGCGCCGACGCCCAUUUCCGAUACAAAAAAAUCUAGUAGUCUCCCUUGUUUUAUAGAAGUAUCUAUAUAUCGACUGUUCUAGAUACUUUGGUCAAAAAUUUUAACAUUUUGUAAAAAUAAACUAAUGGCAUAAUUGAAUAAAGCUAAAUUUUUACAGAAUUAUAACACCAAAAUCAUAUUUUUAGCUGUUAUAGUUUAAAGUUAUACAUUUUUAAAGUACGACUUGGUUUGUCAUUUUUUAACAUGGACUGCAUCUCCAAAUUCUGUGACCUCAUUCCGCCGAUCGCGUCAUUCGCAAUGACUAUAUAGUUUAUAUAAGGCUAAGGCAUUCCCUUAUCACUAAAAUACUGUUUAGGGUCGACUUAUUUUAAACGUUCAACUUUGGCACAUGAAUAAUUAAUUACAGCUUUCCCUGACCAAUGGUUUAAUAGUUUUUGCACACGGCAAACUCUUAUGAAUGAAACUCUGAGAUAGUACUACGAUAUAGCCGUUAUGCAGGUGGCUGUGAAUGGUUGCCAAUGACAUUGUGUUGCACACGGAAAAUUCUGAUCAUUUAUAAUAUGGACUCUACAGGGUUUUUAAAGCUCAAAUUAAAACAUUCCAGUUUAAAUGUCUUCAAAAUGCAUUCUGAAACACAAGUUAUCAAAUAUUUUGAUGUAUAUAGUGGUAAUAAUUAAAUAUUUCUUAAGUAUCAGCAACUUCCGCCAUUAAAAAGGGGGCGUGGCCCACGCCAUGUCAAAAUAAGACUGAGCCCCCUUAUGGUGAUAUGGGUCACUGGGAGAAGUGUAGCGAAUGUGGGACACGACCUACAUCAAUGAGAAUUGGCACAGAUAUAUAUCAAUAUCUAAUGCCUUACACGAUUUAAUAUGAAAGACAUGUUCCUUUUAUUUCACAAAAAAUUUGUAUUCGAAGAUGCCUUAUAUAUACACCAAAGAUUUUCAAAAUGAAGGUCCAUUGAAAAAAGCAAAAUAGCUGGAUGGAAAUGUAGGCCAAGAUGUCUUCCAAAUUAUAAGGCCUGAAAUGGAACUCAAAUAUAUGUCGAAAUAAUUAAUUUAAUAAUAAAUAGACACACACAUCGGAAAAUUAAAAACUCGGAUUUUUCGGCGCCGACGUCCAUUUCCGAUACACAAAAAGUAGUAGUUUCCCUUGUUUUAUCGAAGUAUCUAGACUGUACUGUAGACACUUCACUGAAGUCUGUGUGUAGUACUGCCAUCAUUUAAGGACACUCACACCGAUCCCUGGCCAAGGCUCAUGAUUUCAUUAAUUGAUUUAGGGGCUAAUGCUAAGAGAUGUCGCCAUGUCAUCAAUUGCGUGUUCAGUUAAGUUUCUGUUUUGGAUUCACUCCCCUUAUUUUUUGUUAAUAAAUAAAUAGAGUUACAUUUUCAUUAAUAUGACGAUGGCACGUUUUAAUUACAUUUUUUGUUGAUUAAUUAUAAUUUUAAAAUUUCAUCGGUUGGCUAAUUAUAAUAUUUUUAUGUGUUUCGCCAUUUUGAAAUGACUUGUUCAUGGCAGAUCUUGUAUUUUUAUUAAUUUUGUGGAUAUUAUUUUCGGUGCAACCUGAAAUAAAGUGUGUAAAAGUGUAUUCCAUGAAAAUCUAAGCUGGGUUUUCAUUAUUUCUUUAUUUUAUAAUUAUUUUUGGCCAUUUUUUAAAUUAUUUUUGUUCAUUUCCUAGUUUUCAAGGUCAAAACCGAAAUGGAGAGGGUCAAAACCCUGGUUCCAAUAGGGUCAAAAUCCAGGUUAGGGAUAAAUUUAGGGUUCAGGUUAGGUUUAGGGAUUGAUUUAGGUUUCAGGUUAGGUUUAGGGAUACAUUUAGGACAUUUUUUCAUCAAUUUUUAACGUUUUAUUCCUAAUUUCAGCAAACGUGAGUUAUUUUUUCAUGGUCCCCAUCUUGGUUUCCGCGACCUGUGAACCCGUCAUGUUCACAGGUCGCUGCAACCAAGAUGGCGGCCGCGUUAUACAUCACGGCUACAUCUCUUCGCAUUUACCGAUUUAGGUACUUACGUAAAAAAAUUAAUUUACAUAUAACAUUUAUAUAGAGAAAACUUUUAAAAAUAUGAAACCUUAAUGACCUUUCUAGCUUUAUUACUUAUUGAGUUAUGGAUGUUUAAAUUCCGAGUUAACUGUAACUUGUAACUUAAUUAUGUAUCACUAUGUUUAUGGACCAUGGACUACACCUCCAGAUUUUGUGACCCUAUUCUUUCUGCUUAUAGCAUCAUGCGCAAUAACUUUUAUUAAAAUGAUAAUUAUGUACAACUUUUAUUUUCAUUUUUCAUGAUUAAACAUUAAUUAGUUAUUUAAAGUUCUAACAAAUUUAUGAAAUAUAAAUAAAUAAAAAAAAUUAUAGCUUGUUUAGCUAUGUAACUUUUAACAAUAGUAAUAUGCAUUAUUAUAUUAAUUACAAUAUGGAUGUUCUGUUUGCCAAUUCUAGAGUCCAUUAUAUAUAUAUAUAUAAAUAUAAAAUAUUUUGAAGUAAAUAGUGGUAAUAAUUGAAUAUUUCCUAAGUAUUGGCAUCUUCCGCCAUUAAAAAGGUGUGUGGUCAAAAUUGGGCUGAGCAAACUUAUGUUAAUGCAGGUCACUGGGACGAGCAUACGGAACACUGGACAUGUCCUACAACAAAGAGCAUUGGCAUACAUAUACAUCAAUAUAUAAUGCUUUUCAUUAUUAUUAUAAAAGAUGUAUUAAAGAUCUCUUAAAUAUGAAUUUCCAAAAUUAAGGUUGAUCAAAAAAUGCAAAACAGUACUUUGGAAUGAAGGUCAAGGUGUCCCCUAUUGUGAAUGUUUUGGAAGAAUACCACAAUUUUAUGACAAAAUAGUCCUUUCAUUAAUGAAAAACCAACAACUUAUAAAAAUUAAAAACUUGGAUUUGGAUUCUUCUGCUGCGAUUUCAAUUUCCCAUAAUCUUUUUUUGAAGUAGUCUCCCUUGCUUUACCAAAGUACCCACAAUGUUUCAAUUACUAUUCAUUAAGUUCAUUAUCAUCAGAUCUGGAGAUCAUCGUAAUUCCUACUUCUUUAUUGCUUAAAUUUAUGUUACAUCAAUUUUCAUAUUUUCACUUUUAGAGGACAUCUUGUCUUACAUUCCUCACCAUUUUGUUUGAUUUCAUAUUGCAUCCUAAUAUAUAUUUUAUAUAGGAUUGGAAAAUGGUUAUUACAUCCUGGAACUCACAUUUUCAAAUUAAUUGAAUAACAAGCCUAAGAAGAGAAUCUUUUUAAUUAUUUCUGCACAUUGUAGCCUAUUGUAUUGGAAUAUACCAUAGCGUUAAAUGGUAAACCAUAAUACUGGAGUAAGGGUCUCAGAAUGGAAAGUGGUGGUAACUGAAACUUGCAAUAAUUGUGCCCAGGAUUGCCCGGCCAGGAACGUUUUGAGUUGCCUACUUGGUCAUCAUCAUGAAUGAUCUUGAUAAUUACCUAUUUUGCACUGGUGAGUGUACCCAGGCAACAACUUUUACAAUCAAGAAGCUAAUAUAACAAUGUAUAAAUUCCAUGUAUGGUUGUUGACCAUGGUUGAGAAGAGAGAGCUUCGCCAGUAGGACUAAACAUAAAAAAAUGAACCCAUCUUGAUGCCAUCUGAAAAUGCCAUCAACUAAUUUGACUAACCAUCUGCUUUUGACAGAAUGGGAACCAAAUGUAUAAUGACUAUGAAGUGUCCUAUUUAGUACAGAUUGUGAAGUAUGGCAUCAGCUUCCAUUUCUAAAAUUACUGAAAGCUUUAUAAUUAAAUUAUUUUUCAUAAGGUUUACUUCCAUUCUUAUACCACAGAUGCUCACUGGAAACCAUCAAUGUUAUGAAAAUGACACCUUCAAGUCUUAUUUUAGGAAAGAUCCUGAUUACACACAGAGCUGAUAUUUUAGCCCUGUAGAUGCUAUACCUUAAAUUCAAUGUACAUUUCCAUUUUCAAAAUUUCAUGACUUUUGUCGUAUAUUAUUGUCAAUUUCAAAGUUUGUAUACGGACACCAGCAUCAUGCUUAAUUUUACUUAGCUGUCCUUCCUCCUUAAAACCUCAACCUUAUAUUCAGCCCUCUGGAUACUGCACACAUCCCAAGACUCCUAUCACAUGGUCAUUGAAUUACAGUAUCACUAUCCCCUCAUCAUCCCAGCUAUAUCCUCUUCCUACAGUCUUUACAUUCCUACCUAUAUCUAUUGGUAUAUCUUUCCUGUAUUAACAUAAAGCAUCUUUUGCGUCAAUGUCAAAUCCCCUCCACCUGUUGCACUUUGGUCCAAUACAUACGACCAUUGCUCCCCAUGCAGCCUCGAUCAUUUGUGACACCUAUGUUGAUUCCAAAGUCACAAUCUUUUAUGACUAGGCUUACCAUAAAUUUAAUGUGGCAGAUGUGGCAGGUGGGUGUCCUGCGUUGCAUAACUUGAAAGCCAAAUUACGAUGACGCUGGGUACCACACAAAGUCUGAAAAGUCACAUCUGUUUUUUGGAUAUUUGGAAGACCUAUUCAUACUUUCAUAGGGUAAUAAGGGGAGAGACAUGGUUUUAUAUAGUGUAACGGACUAUGUUUUCACAAGAAAACAGAGAGGUAGCGUGAGUGAACAGUGAAUUGUGUUGACCAGGUUUUUCCACGGGGAGAGACAAUCAAUGUGGAUUGUAUUUUUGAGAGGACAAUGUGAGCUCCACGUUUUUGGAAAGUAAAAUUAUGUUUUGUCAGAGCGGUUGUUUUCCACGCUUUGCUGGUAAUAAAGUAUGAGUUGACUGAGAUAGUGAGAGCUGAGCGCAGAGCAGUAGAGAACAGUAGAGCGUGAGAGCUGUGUGAUUAAACAGUUGAGCUGAGUUAUAGUAGUGUGAGGACGUGUCUUUCUGAAUGAUGGAAUAAUACUAUAUAUAUAUGUGAAAUUACAUUCGUGCAAGGAUUAUCAUUAAUAUUAUCAGUAUAAAGUGUGUUCAAUAAAGUACUGUGAGUUUUAACUAGAAUUGAGUAUUCUUCUUUACGUGCCUGGAUAAUAAGUGAAAGAAUGAAGAAGACUUAGUCGGCAUCCUGAAGUAUUAACAUAAGUAACCCUACUACUGAUAUAACCCACAGCAUAAGAAAUAAGAUCCCACGCCAUGUCAGAGUAGAUGUGUUACAUAUAGCUCACUUGAAUCUACUCUCUAAGAAACAUAUAUCCUUUUUGUCCAAAAUCUCUGAAAAUUUUAUAAAUGUACAAUCCAUUGUAUUCAUGGGAAGAUUGUUGACUGAAAUUUCUAGUCUGUUGCUUCUAUAGUUACGUAGGAAAGGAUGGAGCAUCAAUAUGUUGACUGACAUGUCUAGUCUGUUGCUUCUAUAGUUACGUAGGAAAGGAUGGAGCAUCAAUAUGUUGACUGACAUGUCUAGUCUGUUGCUUCUAUAGUUACGUAGGAAAGGAUGGAGCAUCAAUAUGUUGACUGACAUGUCUAGUCUGUUGCUUCUAUAGUUACGUAGGAAAGGAUGGAGCAUCAAUAUGUUGACUGACAUGUCUAGUCUGUUGCUUCUAUAGUUACGUAGGAAAGGAUGGAGCAUCAAUAUGUUGACUGACAUGUCUAGUCUGUUGCUUCUAUAGUUACGUAGGAAAGGAUGGAGCAUCAAUAUGUUGACUGACAUGUCUAGUCUGUUGCUUCUAUAGUUACGUAGGAAAGGAUGGAGCAUCAAUAUGUUGACUGACAUGUCUAGUCUGUUGCUUCUAUAGUUACGUAGGAAAGGAUGGAGCAUCAAUAUGUUGACUGACAUUUCUAGUCUGUUGCUUCUAUAGUUACGUAGGAAAGGAUGGAGCAUCAAUAUGUUGACUGACAUGUCUAGUCUGUUGCUUCUAUAGUUACGUAGGAAAGGAUGGAGCAUCAAUAUGUUGACUGACAUUUCUAGUCUGUUGCUUCUAUAGUUACGUAGGAAAGGAUGGAGCAUCAAUAUGUUGACUGACAUGUCUAGUCUGUUGCUUCUAUAGUUACGUAGGAAAGGAUGGAGCAUCAAUUUGUUGAAGUUGGAAAAAUUAGGCUCCGUCUCAUAUUCAAAAAUGACUCAAAUUUACUAGUAGACUUAUUCAUCAAUAAUAAUAAUAAUAAAGCUUAUUUGAAAAUCAUGCUUCAUCCCCAAAGGCUCAAACACAUUUUAUUAAUUGAUAAAGGUGCAUUACCUAUGACAAGCUUAGAAUUUGACAGUCUUUACAUUUAGAAUAAAUUGCGUCAAAAAUGGAAUUUGAAACCAACUGACUCCAAUAUUAGCAAAGUUUACGAGUCUGUCUAAGAUGGACAGGGCACAAUAAUUUCUACCAACGUGGGAUUGAAACCAAAACAAAAUAUUUAAAGCUGUUGGGAUGGUCACACCGCUGCUCAACCGGGAAGAUCAGGGUCAAAUCAGGAUGCUGAGACACGACUGCUAAACCGGGAUGACCCCAGUCAAAUAGUGACAUAUGAUAAGCCUAGCUAUUGCUGAUAUAUGCUUUGCAAAAUGUAAUGUUAUAGAAUUCAUUAUGAGAUUUCGGAGGAUCAGAAUGGCCCCUGAAUAAAACUAGAUUUUGGUUGUUUUACUUGUUUUUAACUUCUAAAUUUGCUUCAGAAACUUCAUGUAGUUUUUAUGUGUGCAAUGUAAUAACAAUUAGUACUGUACAAAUGUAUGUGCAGAUGGGAUUUUGAAAUCAGCCAGACAAAUUCUACCAGCUAAGUUAGCAUAUAUUUUAAAUAAAUCAAUAGCUCUGAUUUUAAAUGAACAUUUAAUUGACUUGCAAAAAACCAGGUGGGGCUACUGCCUUCAUAAGUGAAGAUACCUUUGGCCCACUGGACUAAAGUUCUUUUAUUUUCUACGGGGAUCAGAUUUUACUAUUUUAUCUAAACUAAUAUUUACUUUGUUAGCAUGAAAUACAAAUGGCAACAAUAGACGAUUUUCAGACCUGAAAUAAAAUGGUUCUCUGUGGGGGGGGGGGGGGGGAGUGGUUAGUCUGGGGAGGGUAUUAUGAGCUUAGGCUGGACGGCCCGCUGAAAUUUUAUCCCUAAAGCGGAUUAGAGGAAGUCCUGCUCUGAGAUAAGGUCAUGUUACUCUGACAGUUGAUAAGGUCAUGUGAGUUACUCUGACAGUUGAUAUGGUCAUGUGAGUUACUCUGACAGUUGUUAAAUUAGUGGCUUAUUGUCUCCAGCACUUCCAUACAUGAUUAGGUGGCUUAUUGUCCACAGUACUUCCAUACAUGAUUAGGUGGCUUAUUGGCUCCAUUACUUCCAUACAUGAUUAGGUGGCUAAUUGUCUCCAGUACUUCCAUACAUGAUUAGGUGGCUUAUUGGCUCCAUUACUUCCAUACAUGAUUAGGUGGCUUAUUGUCACCAGUACUUCCAUACAUGAUUAGGUGGCUUAUUGUCUCCAGUUCUUCCAUACAUGAUUAGGUGGCUUGUCUCCAGCACUUCUAUACAUGAUUAGGUGGCUUAUUGUCACCAGUACUUCCAUACAUGAUUAGGUGGCUUAUUGUCUCCAGUUCUUUCAUAAUGAUUAGGUGGCUUAUUGUCUCCAGUACUUCCAUACAUGAUUAGGUGGCUAAUUGUCUCCAUUACUUCCAUACAUGAUUAGGUGGCUUAUUGUCACCAGUACUUCCAUACAUGAUUAGGUGGCUUAUUGUCUCCAGUUCUUCCAUACAUGAUUAAGUGGCUUGUCUCCAGCACUUCCAUACAUGAUUAGGUGGCUUAUUGUCUCCAGUACCUCCAUACAUGAUUAGGUGGCUUGUCUCCAGCACUUCUAUACAUGAUUAGGUGGCUUAUUGUCUCCAGCACUUCCAUUCAUGAUUUGUUGUGAUGGAUACCAGGGCUCUUCAACGUCAGUGACAAUGAAAUAGGGGACACUCUAGCAAAAACCGGGGUUGCCCAGCCUCAGUCAGAAGUACCAAUGACAUAUUUGUGAAUUAACUGGCUGGCAGACCACUUCAGGACGAAGUGGUACAGGCAAUGGACAGACAACAUAACCGCCAGAGGCGUUUUCAUUAACUUGUCCACUCCUAGCAGACUAGACCCGUUGUGGGGUUUAGGUUGCAGGCAGCAGAGUCUAGUAACGCAGAUGCGCACAGAGCAAUGCCUCAUUGGCACAUAAUUCCGGAGGCUAGAUCACAAUAGGGACCCUCCCGGCAUUGCAGCCUGGUCCUGGAAACAAUACCGCACCAGUUGACCCAAUACAGAAUGUCUCUAACUAGAUGUUCUGGGGGAAGCCAGGGCGGUUGGAGAGCCCUAUGUGAGGAAAAUGUUGUAUGGCUCAGCUCAGCAGAUGGAGUUGGUAGCCAAUCUACUAGCCGGGGUCAUCUCUGAGUAAUCUCAGACCCUCACCAGAUUAUGUAUGCUAGUUAGUUCACUGUACAAAAAAAAAUUAAUGAAACAAAAUAAUGAACGUGUCGACAGGAAGCCUUCAUCAGUGAACAAACAACAGUAAAUACAGUUAAAAUAAAAAUAGCAGUUAGCUCAUUUGCUCAUUUGUUCAAGUUUUACCAAACUUUGUUUUUGUUAACAUCAUUGCAGUCUCUCUCCUCAUCACCAUGUAUCAAAGGAUACGCCAUAGAUUUUCAUAAUUUCUUAACACUCCACAUCAUUGCUUUAUUUGCCCCUUUAAAUUUUCUUUUGUGUUCUGCUCUAUUGGGACGGCCAGAUUGGAUCUAAUCUAACCAGUGCUUAAUUAAUAAAGAUACACAUGACCUUGACAUUUACCACGAUCACCGAGGACAGAAUAUUGAACUUAGUGAUGGAUCAAAUUUUUGAUUUCCAACUACAUAAUUGUUUAUUCCCUAGGGCAAAAAUGACCUUCAGACCGAGGCAGAUCGGGCAGCCCAAAGGUGUAUUGUGGCCACUCUGCACAAACAGUUUCCUAAAGUGGCCAUCUUUGGUGAGGAGGUGAGUUGGAUAUAUUUUCUAUACUCUUAAUAUAACAAUAAUAGUGUUCUCUUCCGUAACAGUAUUUGUCUUUAGCAUGUAGUAAUGGAAAUUAAUCAUUGAACAUACAGAUAUGACAUAUCUGAUAGUGUGAUCUGUCUAACAUAAACAUGACAUAUGUACCAGCAUUAGCACAUUAUUGCCAUUCCUUGUGUCAUUCAUGUCUCUAGCACCAAACAUCUGUGCUGUACCAUUGAAACACAUUAUUGCAAUUCCUUGUGAAAUUUAUGUCUGACAUACAAAAGUGACAUAUUUCAAUAAAUUGUGUCGUCUUUGCCAAACAUAAAAAAGUGAUGUCUGUCAAUAAUUUGUGUCAUCUAUGUCCAUCAAACAAAAGUAACGAUGUCCAUAAUUUGUCUUAUCCAUGUCCAGAGUUUAGACCCCACAGAAAAAAUCCCUGAUGAUUACAUCGUCAAAGACCUGGAUCCAGGUGUGCUAUCCCAUCCGUGUCCUGAAGGAUAUAAGGAUGUCACAGAUGAUCAGGUGAGUUCAGCACGUCACAUUACUUUCACAAGAUCCCAAAUAGAUGCAAUAGUAAUAAAUAGUGUAACAAGAUAUGUGUAGGCUUCAAGUAAAGUCUGUAACAAGAUAUGUGUAGGCUUCAAGUAAAGUCAUGACCAUUAAACGAACUUCUUUUUUUCUUCUAAUAACAUAGAGCGCUUCCUGUUCCGAACUUUGACCUACAUUGACAUUGUUGAGAUCUUCUAAAACAUAUGUUUUAUUUUUUUAUUCAUCUGUUGUUUAUUAUUGUAUGGUCUGUUGUAGAAGUCAUCUGUCCAAAACGUCAGUUGAAUUGUCAUGUCUUUUUUUUAAAAAUAUAAAAAUGUUCAAUUUGAUUGUUUGUAAUUUGCAUGGGAGAAAUGUUCAUUGACAGUAAUUGUUUUUUAAUUUGAAGUGAAAAGAGCUUGACAUAAUUGUUUUAUUGAUUAUUUUAAUUUGUUAAAGCUGAACAUAUUUCUAUAGGCACAUUGUGAGGAGCUGCUUUUAUUACAUCUAACUACUGUCACUGUUUACUACUGUCACUGUUAAUUACUGUCACUGUUAAGUACUUUCUUUAUUGUAGAGAUGAAGGUAUAUGAUAGGAUUUGCUGUAGUUUAAAAUGACAUCCUCCGUAGGGAUAUUACCUGAACACGUCUUACAGUAACAGUGAACUCUACUAGUCAUAUUGUCAACUUCUUUUAAUAGGGGUGACAUAGUUCUCAAACUUUCAUUUCAACAUAUAAUCAAAGACUUUUACUUUAAUUAAUUUAGAAAGUAAACUGUUAAUCUUAUUCAAGCGAUGUCGCAUCUUUUCAAAGCACAAUAUUUAUGGAGCAAGAGUUUGAGAUUGUCAAGGUCAUGACAAUUGUGCAUGUGAACGAGAGUGAACUUUUUUCAAGUAAGGGACGGGUGCGUGAAAUGUGGGGUAUAAAAGGGGAGACAAAUAAUUUGAGAGGGACGUUAUAUUACGUUCACGGACAGUGGUUGUACUCCGUCACAGUAUUAUACAAUGAACCUUUAAGCGUUGUUUGGCAUGGAACUAAUCCGUUGUACGACCAAUGAAGAUAGACCAGGUGGAAUCUGUGAACUAGUCCGUUGUACGACCAAUGAAGAUAGACCAGGUGGAAUCUGUGAACUAGUCCGUUGUACGACCAAUGAAGAUAGACCAGGUGGAAUCUGUGACAUGAGAAUAGGAGACACUAAAUAGUCGCCAUCAGCUUCAGACCUUAGACAACGAAAAUAUUUGACAUGAGGUUGAAUAUUUGACAGAUAUCUUACACUUAGUAAUAGCAUCAAGCAUUUUCACAGUUCAGUUAAUUUUAAUAUCAAAGAUCAGCUUCCUGAAACGAUGCUAGCUGUUCAACGUCAUUUUGUAUGAUCACUUAGCAGGACUAAGAGAUCUUCACAUUUAUCCAUUGUUGAGAUUUAGGUUGGUUUUGUUUCUCUGGGUCUCACAUUUUUUUGUUGAACUAAUAAAUGAUUGACCUGUUAAUUAAAUCACUGAAUUGAUAUGAAGUAAUAUCCAGAGAAGUUUAUAUGCAUAUAUGAACAUUACCAAAACUUUGAAGUUAUUCAAUUGUCUGACAAUGGGAUUCAGUUCAUGAACAUCACCAAAAACUUAGAAGUUAUUCAAUUGUCUGACAAUGGGAUUCAGUUCAUGAGCAUCACCAAAUUAUAGGAAAUAAUCAUGUUGAUGUGCAGAAUUGCAUGUUAAACAGCUGACCACAUCUCUCCAUCACCAGGUGAUGCUCGGCUAAAAAAAAAUUGAAAUAAUAUCACCAACAACCUUCUACCAACACUAUCAAAAACACUGUUAAAAUUCACUGGCGCUUUUCAGCUUGCUUUUAAAAUUACUGUAAUCUCUCUUUGAGAGCCACUGGUCUGCUAGGCAUUUUUUGCAUAUCAGUAAAAUCACUGACCGUCUUCUUUAUGCUAUGACAUAAUACCAAGUUAUGUUUACCCUGCAUCUCAUUAUGAUAAGAUAUUAUCUUCAUGUCAAUUCCAUGUCAUGUAUCUUCAUGUCAAUUCCAUGUCAUGUAUCUUCACGUCAAUUCCAUGUCAUGUACAAUGCUCUUGGGGUCAUUGAUAAAAACCCAUUUGGAAACUUCAAAAAUUUGAAUUCCGUACCUCAUUAUUGUAAAAUGAUGAGUGCCUUGAUUUAUUUUCUUAAAUUCCUUCAAGGUUGUGAUAUGGGUCGACCCACUUGAUGGUACAGCUGAGUUUACACAAGGUGUGUUCAAUUGUCAUAGUAACCAUAUUACUAAACACAGCGACGAUUUUAACUUGUUUAUUUUAACCUCUUGCAAACGGAGAAAUGUUUUGAAGCCUAAUUGAAAUGCACCUCUAGCUAAUAUACAAAGUGGUUGUAGAGCAAUUAUUUGGGGAUAUUUAUAAAAAAAUUGUUUAGAAAGAUGAACUUUGAUAUAACGUAACCCAGCUUGUGCCCCAAGUAUUUUUAAUUUGAUGACUUGAGUAAUUUCUAAUGAAAUGUGUUUAGUCAUUUAUAACAAAGUGUGUUUCAAAUAAAUUCUAAAAAGUACAGGGGAUUUAAUUAGAAUCCAAUCUGCAAAGUGCCAUGAUAUCAACAAAUAUUUUAUUUUUCUCUGCUUUUUAUUUUUUGUGCAGGCCUUUUGGAUCAUGUGACGGUUCUGAUAGGUGUCGCCGUCAACGGUGAGGCAAGAGGAGGAGUCAUUUAUCAGCCAUACUACAACUACGAGGCUGGACCCGAUGCCGACCUGGGACGGUGUAUCUGGGGACUGGUGGGAUUAGGUGGGUUGUUUGUUGGCAGCGGGAUGGACCCGUGAUUUCUGAUGCAGGACUGCUUCAAAUUUAUGACAAAAUUUAAAUGGCCUGAAAUAAAAGCAUGCUUCUCCAAAGAUAGAACCGAACACAUCUCACAGGCCGAACACAUCUCACAGGCCUAACACAUCUCACAGGCCUAACACAUCUCACAGACAGGCCGAACACAUCUCACAGGCCUAACACAUCUCACAGGCCGGCCGAACACAUCUCACAGGCCUAACACAUCUCACAGACAGGCCGAACACAUCUCACAGGCCUAACACAUCUCACAGACAGGCCGAACACAUCUCACAGGCCGAACACAUCUCACAGGCCUAACACAUCUCUCAGGCCUAACACAUCUCACAGACAGGCCGAACACAUCUCACAGGCCUAACACAUCUCACAGGCCUAACACAUCUCACAGACAGGCCGAACACAUCUCACAGGCCUAACACAUCUCACAGGCCUAACACAUCUCACAGGCCUAACACAUCUCACAGCCCUAACACAUCUCACAGGCCUAACACAUCUCACAGGCCGAACACAUCUCACAGGCCUAACACAUCUCACAGGCCUAACACAUCUCACAGACAGGCCGAACACAUCUCACAGGCCUAACACAUCUCACAGGCCAGCUUGAAAGAUUUUAGAAGGGUCCAAAGAGAACUGAUACAACAUUGAUCAUUAUUUUGCUGUGUCGUUCAUCAGUCUGUACUUUUAAUUAUGGAUUGCUUUCUCAAUUGACAGUGGAGCAAGGGCCACCCAUAACAUCUUUCCAAUCCUUCAUGCCUCUGCCAAUCUAUUCGAACACUCCCCAAGCCCUUCUAAGACUAGCUCAUUUUUUUGUACGACUUUCUCAUCUAAAUAUGGAUGGGCUUCCCCUUUCCCUAGAAUUCUGAUUAUUCUUCACUAGUGCCAUUAUUUCAUGCUUAAUCUAGGCUUUCUCCAUGUGUCACAUUGAUCUGACAUUUCAUGCCUGAUGCAGGCUUUCUCCAUGUGUCACAUUGAUCUAACAUUUCAUGUCUGAUGCAGACUUUCUCCAUGUGUCACAUUGAUCUGACAUUUCAUGCCUGAUGCAGACUUUCUCCAUGUGUCACAUUGAUCUAACAUUUCAUGCCUGAUGCAGGCUUUCUCCAUGUGUCACACUGAUCUAACAUUUCUCUCUUAUUUUUCUUGGUUUGUGAUGGAAUUUUUGUGAACCUUUUUUAUUCUUGCUAUUACCAUUUCCAUCUGCAUUCUUUCAAUGAAUUGAUCCAGUCCUUUCAUGGUCAUUGUUUUUUAGUCCUGAACAUUUUCCUUAAAUAAGCUAGUUACAUUUCCACACUGCCCUUCUCUCAGGUUCCAACAGUUACAUUUCCACACUGCCUUUCUCCCAGGUUCCUACAGUUACAUUUCCACACUGCCCUUCUCUCAGGUUCCUACAGUUACAUUUCCACACUGCCCUUCUCCCAGGUUCCUACAGUUACAUUUCCACACUGCCCUUCUCCCAGGUUCCUACAGUUACAUUUCCACACUGCCUUUCUCCCAGGUUCCUACAGUUACAUUUCCACACUGCCCUUCUCCCAGGUUCCAACAGUUACAUUUUCACACUGCCCUUCUCUCAGGUUCCAACAGUUACAUUUUCACACUGCCCUUCUCUCAGGUUCCAACAGUUACAUUUUCACACUGCCCUUCUCUCAGGUUCCUACAGUUACAUUUUCACACUGCCCUUCUCUCAGGUUCCUACAGUUACAUUUUCACACUGCCCUUCUCUCAGGUUCCUACAGUUACAUUUCCACACUGCCCUUCUCCCAGGUUCCAACAGUUACAUUUCCACACUGCCCUUCUACAGUUACAUUUCCUCACUGCCCUUCUCUCAGGUUCCUACAGUUACAUUUCCACACUGCCCUUCUACAGUUACAUUUCCUCACUGCCCUUCUCUCAGGUUCCUACAGUUACAUUUCCACACUGCCCUUCUACAGUUACAUUUCCUCACUGCCCUUCUACAGUUACAUUUUCACACUGCCCUUCUCCCAGGUUCCAACAGUUACAUUUUCACACUGCCCUUCUCCCAGGUUCCAACAGUUACAUUUCCUCACUGCCCUUCUCUCAGGUUCCUACAGUUACAUUUCCACACUGCCCUUCUCCCAGGUUCCUACAGUUACAUUUCCACACUGCCUUUCUCCCAGGUUCCUACAGUUACAUUUCCACACUGCCCUUCUCCCAGGUUCCAACAGUUACAUUUUCACACUGCCCUUCUCUCAGGUUCCAACAGUUACAUUUUCACACUGCCCUUCUCUCAGGUUCCAACAGUUACAUUUCCUCACUGCCCUUCUCUCAGGUUCCUACAGUUACAUUUCCACACUGCCCUUCUACAGUUACAUUUCCACACUGCCCUUCUACAGUUACAUUUCCACACUGCCCUUCUACAGUUACAUUUCCACACUGCCCUUCUCUCAGGUUCCUACAGUUACAUUUCCACACUGCCCUUCUACAGUUACAUUUCCACACUGCCCUUCUCUCAGGUUCCUACAGUUACAUUUCCACACUGCCCUUCUACAGUUACAUUUCCACACUGCCCUUCUCCCAGGUUCCUACAGUUACAUUUCCUCACUGCCCUUCUCUCAGGUUCCAACAGUUACAUUUCUAUACUGUACUUUUCUCAGGUUCCUUUGGCUUUAUACCGGGAACUCCCCCUGCAGACAAAAACCUGAUUACAACCACCCGCUCUCACUCGGAUUGGAUUAUCACAGAGGCUGUCAAUUCUUGCGAGCCGACGGAUAUCAUCCGAGUAGGAGGGGCCGGUCAUAAGGUAAUAUCAUUGGUUUCUAUUUAAUCUUUGUUAGUUGAGUCCUCACAUGUGCUCAGCUAUUUAAGUGCAUGUUAACGCGACGGGCCAUUUAAAGAUAAGCAAUUUUGGCAUUGCAAAUAAUUGGCCACUUUUGUUGUUGAAAUUUACUGUUUAUUGGUUCAAAGGUGAUGUUUACAAAAAUUAUUUUGAAGAAAUUGCUUUAACAAUCUGUAGGCCUUAAAGUUGCUGGCGUUGAUUGUAAUUUGAAUUAAAAAAAUUAUCCAAUAUUUUAAAAUGUUCUGAACUUCUCAAUAAAUUAUGUCUUCUUUAUUUGCUUUUUCCAUUUUUCCAUUGCUUAACACUAUAUUUUAUGAACAGUUACUUAAGAAGGAUGUUAAUAUUUGGACUCAAAUUGUGAAAGAAUUCUUCUUUUAAUGCCAGGUAUUGCUACUGUUAGAAGGAAAAGUCCACGCCUAUGUGUUUGCCAGUAAAGGUUGUAAGAAGUGGGAUACUUGUGCCCCAGAGGCUGUGCUGCACGCUAUAGGUGGUCGUCUGACGGACAUAUUGGGUAACCCAAUCCUCUAUCAUGCCAAUGUGCAACGUCAGAACGCUGGCGGGGUACUGGCCACCUUGCAGAAGCAUCAGUGGUAUGUGGAUAAAAUACCUCAAGAAAUCAAGGACAACUUUGUCUCAGGUAGGACUUGUUAACCUGGUUUUUAAAUUUUGGUCCUUAACAUGUUUUUUUUAAAAUAGGAAGCAUUCUUUUGUAAUAUGUGACUUUCAUUGUUAUCAAUCAAAGCAUAGAUGUUGUGAAACUGGUUGCACUAACUUUGUACCUGUUGUCCAAACAGUUUAUCUAAUGUGCGAACUGUUGUUCAAAGCGUAGUGCUUACACAGUAGCUGUAGUCCAAACAGGACAGAUACAAAGUUGAGUUUGAACUAUCAUUGACACCUUUCACUUUUUGAUGCUAUAAAAAUAUUGAGUGAUCCCUUGUAUCAUUGCUGUGUCGGCCCUGGUCUUCGAAAACAAUCAGAUUGGAAUAUUUGAUGAUUUCUGUGACAGAUAAACCUAGUGAGGAGAUGCUGGAGAAGAAACGUCUCCUUGCUUCCAUGAAAUUUCAAAGCGGUGAUGCAGGAUCUUCGGUUGACCCCCCAGAGUUCAGCCAGGUUGGUUGUUCAGAAUUUGGCUGGUUUUUUUUGUUGGUUAAAGUUGCUUAGAGUUAAUUGGUUUGUUUUCAUAACAUUGUUUGAGAAUCUGCCAGUUUGGUUGGCUUAAACUUGUUGAGGAUGAAGUCAUAUCGGUUGGCUUUCAUAUGACUUUGAACCAGAUUUUAAAAAAGAUUAAAUUGAUUCUAAAUCCAGCCUGGAAUUUUUUGCAAGGCAUUUUUCACAGAUCAGUUAGGUUAAUUGCCUUAGAAAUUUUGUUUCAUUUUUUAAAUUCUUUCACUUCUUGGCCUGAAUUCUUUUCUCUAUGUUGUCUCAGUGUCCUGUACGAUUUGUUUCACUUAUUUUAUCUGAGGGCAUCACUGUUUUCAUUUUAUUCCCAUGUAGCACUAUAGAUUAUUCCAUGUAGCACUAUAGAUUAUUCCAUGUAGCACUAUAGAUUAUUAACAAGUAUAAAAUAUUUUAUUUUGAAAGUGUUUCUGAUGUAAUAAUUACCUUAUAAUUUUAACUAACUGGUUGUAUUUGUUAGUCAAACUAACAUAUGUAGAUUUUUUUUCCCUAUCAUAACUUUAACAAAGAGUGCACAUUUUUUUUUAUUGUAGUUUGAUUUAGACAUCUUUCACUGCACACCAACCUUCAUUUGAAAAGCUUACCCUUAUUAUAUCAUUAAAAAUGAUUAUUAAUGUUUUUUAUGUGUCCUUUCCAGGGUGAUUAUUCUAAAGCUUCUAAGUGCUCUGAUAAGACCAAGCUGUGACGGAAUGAUUGGACCUCUCCUCUUCUUGGGAAUAAACUUAUUUUUAAAAAAUAAAAUUUGAUAAGAAUAUUCGUUUCUUUAUUAACUUUUCCUUUGUCAGCAGAGAUCUGACCAACUUAUGUAUUUUUGCACUCCUCCAAAGAUGUUUUACAUGAUUCAUAUUUUUGCAAUAAAGUGAGUCUAUUUAUAGUUGACAUAUUUUUGAGAUGUCAUGGAAGGGACUCUUAACUUUGUUUUUGGGUAGUGUUAAAAAAUGAAAACAUUAACAUUUUAUUUAUAAAAUUUAAAUAGAAGAUAACUUCAAAUAACAAAUGGGAGAUUAUCAUGAAACACCAACACACAAAAAUAAAGUGAUUUAACAUUUUAAAAAACAAACAAAAUAAUUGUGCCAUCAAAGUUUAAAAAAAAAUUCUUAGGAGCUUUAAAUAAAAUAUAUUCAGAUCCUUAAUUUUUAGUUACUGCUUUUACUUUUAGAUGCCUUGUAGUUGGUGCCAUUGCUAUUUGUGCACUUGUCAAACCAUUCCAUGUUGAUUUCAUGAUAAUUGAAUGAAAUUUGUGCAAAUAUUCCAAUGAGCAGGGUGAUCAUCUGUCAUUUCUAACCUACAGUAUUUAUUCUCAAUCAGAUUCAGUAUUUCAAUUAGAACACUUUUCUAGUAAAGAACCUUUAUGACUAUGUAACUUUAUAUGAUAAUAGAUAAUGCUAAGAGCAUUCUUUAAAAAAAAAAAAAAUGUAACAUUUUUGUAAAUGUUCAUUUUGAUGGAUGUCUGAAAUGUUAUAUUAUUUUACUGUUGCUCCUUAUGAAAUAAGUAAAUAAUUUGUUAUAAAUCUUCAUUUUUCUUUACUAGAAUAAGUCAGUUUUGUUUCCAGUUAUGUUGUGUGAAGCUAAAAAUAAUGUUCCAUAAUUGUUCUACAUUGUUCAUUUAAAUUAUCUAGUGUUACCAUUAUUGCUGGUCUCGUUUUUAGAGAUGAACUUUUCUGGAAUAAAACAAUCAGACCUGAUAAAGUUAGUAUCUGUGAUAUUAUAGUCUUUAACUCCAACUGUAGCAAUCUGGGCAGGGCUGGUCUCUAGUCAUACAAAUAUCUUCAACUGCAGGUCUCACUUAGAGAUGGGCUAGGCUUUGGAUAAGAUCCUUCAUUGAAAUUUUGAUAUCUUAAUAUUCAAACCAGGAUGUAUAGCUACUAGUGACUUAGGAUGGACAAAUAAAUUUGCUCAUCAAGCUGUCACUUUAAAUUAAAAGGAAAACUACAUGCAAUACAGAGAAUGUAAGUCGGAAGAAACGCAUCAUGCAUGCAAAGGAUAGUUUGUAUUUCAUUUUAUAUUUCAUCGCCUUUUCAAAAUUCAUUUGAAUUAUUAGUAUUAUUAAUUUUUUAUGAGAUUGCAUUUUUUUUUAAAUAAUCCAAAUUUUUAUAUGGAAAAUUACUUUAUAAAGAAAAUGAAAUAAAUUAUAGAUUUCAAAUUUA